CGCACCACUGCCACCUCCUCCAGCCUCCCGCCCUCAUACAUCUCACCUACAGCGAGCCGCAGUCUGUCCACACAUACGCACAAGGCCUCAAGGCGGCCCAACCAAGCCACAUCCGCACCUUUUGCCCAUACCAGGCAUCUACCUCCCCAUCAAAGUCUUUCCUUUGAGCAGGCCAGUCAUGGCAAUGUCACUUGCGAAUAUGAUCCAUGGCUUCGGCCCACAGCGCCGUGAGGACCCUUCUUCCUCAUCGCGCUCCUAUACAAAUGUCCUUCCACAUCUCUUCUCUGGAGCCGCCACCUUCUCGCAGGGGUACACCCCCCGAGCUUCCUCCUCCACAGAGGAUGGCAGCAUCCCCUCCUCCAUCUACCCAGACGAUCAGCACGACAGGACAGACAGCAGUGGCCACAGUGGUGGAACAUCCUCUCCACCUACCUCCCCUUGCUCGUCCUCGCAGUCAGAUCGUUAUUAUCAUUCUCAAGGACGAAGUGACUCUGUCAAGUCCGAGACUGAGCCCAAGGCUGCUCUCUCCCAACAUCACAGAUCACCCCCCGCCCCUAUACGACCUUCGUACUUCUACCCCAUGGAAGCUAGCGCUUCCGACUCGCGAGACGAUGAAUCUGGCGUUCCCGUCUUUGAGCCGACUAUGGAGCAAUUUGAGGACUUCUAUGGCUUCUGUCAAGCCAUAGAUGAAUGGGGUAUGAAGUCUGGCAUAGUCAAGAUCAUACCCCCUAAAGAGUGGACAGACGCCCUACCUUCCCUUCGGGCCGCUGACGUAGCCCGACAGAAGGAGCAAAGCACCUCUGCGGGGACUUCUCUACCCUCGCUAGAGGCUGUACGCAUCAAGUCUGCUAUCGCCCAGCACUUCGUACCCGCCGCUAAACCGGGUCUAUGGAGGCAGACGAACGUCACAAGACCGGCAAAGGUAUGGAACGUCAAGCAGUGGGCAGAGGUCUGUCAAGACAUGAGUGGACCCUCAAUGGAGAGGAUCAAGGAGAUGGCUGCUGUCAGGGAAAGGCUCGAGAAGGGCGAAGAAGGAGCCAAGGGCGACAAUAGUGGCAUCAGAACCCGGAGCGGCAAGGCCCGAGCACCGCUGCCGAGCAAGGCGGCGCCCAAGCCUGCCAUGACCGUUUUGUCACCCUCGAAGCGACAGGGCACCGCCGCCGUGGAUGCUGCCUCGAAGUCUCCAGAUUCUCAUGCGUCUCGGCGUGGCCUCGAGGAUUCUGAAACCACCGAGGGCUCGCCACGAUUCACUACACCGCCAUUGCAAAAUAAUGGGUAUCUCACACCGCCCCUCUCUGGCAAGCCUGCCUCCGCUCCGAUCACGAAGCUGAAACCUGCUGAUCUCACCACGGCUGCCGAGUGGAAUGCAUUCGAUUAUCGUAGCGCUUGGCUGAAGGAGUGGGAAGGAGAACAGGGCUCAGUCAAGGAGCAGGCGGAGGAGACGGAAGACGGUGGACCACAGCGGCCGGACCCCAAGGAUUGGAGUCCUAGUGCUUGCCGGGAGAUCGAGAGCGAGUACUGGCGUGGUCUGAACUUUGGCAAACCUCCGAUGUAUGGGGCGGACCUCAAAGGCUCCCUCUUCACUCCGCAGACUACAGCGUGGAACGUCAGCAACCUUGACAAUCUCCUGACCAGGCUGAAGCUCAAGCGCAAAAUCGCCGGUGUGACUGACCCGUAUCUAUACUUCGGAAUGUGGAGGGCAACUUUUGCAUGGCACGUCGAAGACAUGGACUUGUACAGCAUCAACUAUAUCCAUUUCGGCGCUCCCAAGCAGUGGUACGCGAUCCCUCAAAAAGAUCGGCUACGGUUCGAGACUGCACUCGCUUCUGUCUUCCCGUCGGACGCUCGUCGCUGCUCGCAAUUCAUGCGACACAAGUCAUUCCUUGCCUCACCUUCUUUCCUCGCCGCGAACAAUAUCCGGCCCAUCAAGGUGGUACAGCAUGCACAGGAAUUUGUGAUCACGUAUCCUUUCGGGUACCAUUCUGGCUACAAUCUUGGCUUCAAUUGCGCCGAAUCUGUGAACUUCGCACUUGAGAGCUGGCUGGACAUCGGUCGCAAGGCCAAAGCCUGCGAAUGCGAGGAUGCUCAACAGAGCGUGACAAUGGACGUAGAUGCGCUACUGGAAGAGAGCGAGGAGCUGCAGCGUGCCGAGAAACGCAAAGAGGAGCGGGAGCAGAAGUUCAAGGAGCAGACAGAGGUAGGAGAGGAGCAGCUGAGGCGCAAAGAGGAGGCCAGACGGCGCAAGAACGAAAAGAAUCGGCUCAGGCGCCAGCAAGCUGCUGCAGAAGCGAAGGAGGGUCAGAGUCAGAACGGGCACAAGCGAAUCAAGUUGGAAGACGGCCGGUAUGCGGAUGCGGCCCACAUGAGCGACGGCCAAGACUCGACAGAGCAGGCGAUCUACAGCCUGGAUGACGACGUUCGUUGCGUCUUUUGCCCUUCCGAUCUUAUGGAGGAUCUUGUUCCCGUUCCCAAUCGCUCGGGCAAGGCUCAGCCACUUCUCUACGCCCAUCGAUUCUGCGCUUGCUCCAUCCCCGAGACGUGGGUCGCACCAUCCAUCAAGGACCCUGGAUCCCGCGACGAGGUACAGGGCUACGAGAAUAUUACGAAAGCGCGGUGGACCUUGAAAUGCGCGGCUUGUCCCACACCCGAACUAGCGAAGCAGGGAUGCUGCGUGCAAUGCACAUUUGGCAACUGCAGCAAAGCCGUUCAUCCCACCUGUGCCACAAUGGAGUCAACAGGAUGGAUGUACGACUACUAUCCGACCGACGAAGCGGAUAAACUCGAAGGCAAGGGUCGAUACGCUAGCAAGGGCAAGAAGGGGAAAGGUUCGAAAGCAGCUGCAAGCGCAUCUGUUGAGAGGACCCCCGCCGUUUCCGAACCGCCGACGUCUCCGACGAGCUCCGAGAAGCCUGAUGCAGAGGCAGAUGACCGUCUGGUCAUCCUGUGUCGCAGCCACAACCCCCAAGCACGCAAUACCGACAGCGCCCGCAAAGCCGUGUUCCUCAAGGAGUGCGCCAAUCGCCUUGCCGUCGGGUCUCCCAUUCAAAUAAAGAGCAGUGGCGGCAUUUGGGAAUCUACUGUCGUUGCGCUGGGAGACGGAGAAGUAGUUGUAGUCGACGGGGUUCGAGGCUCGCAGAUGGCAGUGAGGUGGGACAAGAUCGUGUUUCCUGCUGGGAUUGUGGCCGCUGUGCAAGCCGCUCUUCGAUCUCCAACGGCCACGCAACAGGCUACGUCACCAACGACCGACGGCAACUCGGUGGUCGCAGCAACUCCCAUGGAGCAACUCCUAGCUGCUGUCUCUGCAGCGCCAAAUUUGUGAGGACUUGCCGCGGCAGACACGCCCGCCUGCGUAAUGCCAGGGUUCUACGAAGUCUAUGUAAGAUCACCUUCAUGUACCACCAUUUAAUUCAUCUGUUUUUCGA